AUGUCGUCAAUUAACCCAGAUCAACCAAAGAAGGCGGCAGGCAAGAGGAUUCUUGCUUGUGUUCUCUGCCAGCAAAGGAAGAAGAAGUGCGAUAGAAAGAGCCCAUGCUCCAAUUGCAUCAAGCUCAAAGCAGUUUGCACCCCCAGCACGCCUGCUCCUCCAAGGAAGCGCAGACGUCCAAAUCAAGAUCUACUGGAGAGGCUUGCAAGAUGCGAGGCCUUGCUCAGACACUGCACUUGUAUCCGACUCCCAACACCCGAGAGCAGCCCCCGAGAGCAGUGCGAGCAGUCUCCUGUUAGUUCCCACGACGAUGAGAUCAAGAGAGGAUCAAGCCCGGAGCCAUAUACGACGGCGACCAAGUGA